UCGCCAUGUUGCUUUUGUGUAAAGUAACCAAAAGGAUGAACGUUUAAAAACGUUAUUAUCAAUUCAGCGAUAAAGACUCCAAGCUAUCGAAUCAAUAUACUUGAUUUAAGGGUUUAACCGUUAUAACGGUAGUUGUGUCUUUACAAUCAAAGUCUUCACGUGAAUAAGAUGAAGUCCCCAUCCAUGUCAGUUUCUUGUAUUGCAGGUCUCAUUACAUUCGUGUACCUCAUUAAUGUUGCACUAGUCCGCGCCAACCCAGUGCAAGACCAAUGCAAUACAGAAAAACCUUUCCCUUGUCCAGCCUACGGGAUAUGCUGUAGAGCAGAUCAGUUUUGCUCUGAUAAGAGCGGAACCUGUGAGGAAUGUUUUCCUGUGAAUAUCUCAGAGAGAAAAGACAGACUCAAAUUUUGUUAUGACGAGCAACAGAUGAAAAGAACAAAUAGUAGGAUGCGUGGUAACACUUGUGUUGGUGCUUGCACUACCGUGUUUAAUAUGACUGAAAUAAUCAACUACACCGGUGAAGCUCCAAAGAAAACUGUGGAAGAAUUAAUAGCUGAUCACAACAUCUCUAUACACAAGCAUUUGGAGGAUCAAGGUCUCAAUAGAAUAGAUGAAAAUCAACGUUGGAUUCAUAAGUUAGAGGAAAAAUUAGAGAUCCUUAAAGAAUCCGAUUACACGAAAUCCGUUGUUUUUGGAAUAAUUGCCAGCCUCUCAUUGCUACUUGCAAUUAUAGCAAUCAGUGCCAGUAUCUAUCUAUUUAGGAGGUCGACCCGGAGGAAAAAGAAGUACCAAACAGAUUUAAGCGAAACUAAAAACCUGAUGACUAGCGCGUUCGACCUGGACGACAUUAAUAGUUCAUUAAGCAAAACUAAACAGACCUUACUUGAUGAGCUACAAACAAACCUAACUAACGAAUUGAACUUGGAAGACCACAAUAGUAAAUUAAGCAGAACUAAAACGUUGCUGUCUAAUGACUUAAACACAAAGCUAACCAAUGAAUUCAACCUGGAAGAUGACAAUAGUUCAUUAAGCAAAACAAAAAAGUUGAUUUCUGAUGACCUAAAUACAAAGCUAACCAACGAAUUUAACCUAAACGACGACAAUAGUUUAGUAAGCAAAGUACUGUUAUCCUUUAAAGAGGAAUUGAAAACUGCAGUAAAUGAGUCUUCUUCACAAGUUGUAAAAGAAGAAAACUAUAUUAAGAACUUAGAUCUGAAAGCGGAAGUGACGACCGAGAAUGAUAAUCCUCAACCCUUACUAGACAUAAAAAAUGAUGAAAUAAAGAUUAGUCCGAAAGAUGUGGAUGUACACCCAAACGCACUUCAACGAACAGACAAAAGACACAAGACCAAAUGAUCUAUGUAUCGAGGCGAGUGUUAAAACGAUAGUUUCAUAACUUGUGGAAAUGUAUCAGACAAGCACCGAAUAGUGCUUAUUAAAAUGUGUUACAACAUUUGUUUUUAAUUGUUAGUUUUCAUUAGAAUAAAUUUAUCUUAUUUAAUUUUUUUCUGGUUGAAAGAAAACAUGUUUGGAAACUUGCUUUAUGUUGUUUUCUAUUAUGAUAUCGGACACCAGUUUAUUAAUUUUGUGUAGCUCUCAUGUUAUAUUUUUAACUAGGAUUAAUUGAAAAUAUAUAAUAGUUGAUUUAAUUCUUCAUCUUUUUAUUAAGUGGAUAUGCUCCGUAAAAAAAAUCACAAAAUUUCUGGUUUUUCGUCAUGAUGGGUUUUUUUUGCCAUUUCGGAUACCUUGUUCAUUUUUUUACUUUCUCGUAUAUACGAAGUAUAGAGAAAGUAUUGUAAUCGUGCACAAAAAUCACUUGAAAUAAUAAUUUUAACAAUUUUCACCGUAUUACACCUCAGUCCUGCAUCACAUCCGAAGUAAAGAGGACUUAUUUUAAUCGGGCAAAAAUUAUCAAUUCAGAUUUAUCAAAAUUAAGAGGUAUUAUG